GCUUCUUUUUUUUGGCCCACGGCAGCUUUUCCCCACACUCUUUCACUUUCCCCACCUGAAGCUGCAGUAGCUCCCUUCCUUCCUUCUCCACCUCGCCGCUGUCGCCGUCGCCGACGCCGAGCAGGGCAGGUUGGGGCGAAAGGGAAGCAGCUACCGCCUCACGCCGCCUCUUCCAUCCUUGCUGAGCUGCUCAGCACGAGGCCCUAAUUGUGCUUCUGCAAUGGGGAUUUGAUUUAAUGGUGCUCUGGUCUGGCGUGCUACCUACAAUUAGGAAGGGCUUCUGCAAAGAGCGCCUUACAACAGUCACAUAGAGAUUUCUGCAAGGCAUAUAGAGCGCCUUACAUCCAGAUCUGGGACAUAGAGAUUUGGUUUGCUCUCUGCUAUGCUCCAAACGUGCAGGCAUCUUCUUUACUGUCUCUAGCAGUUCUGAAUAACACCGUCUAGUCUAGUCUAGUUUCCCUGCUACCAAUGGCAAUGGGCGACGAAACUGUGCUGGAGCAUAUACUCAACGGAGACGAGGAACCCAAGGAUCUGCCAUUACCGCUCUUACAAAGCAUCACCAAUCAUUUCUCUCCAGACAGAGAAAUUGGUCAUGGUGGAUUUGGAGUGGUUUACAAGGGUGAACUCCAAAAUGGGACUAUUGUUGCUGUUAAGAGGAUUGAAGUCAACCAAAUCACAAUUGAUGAUGUGUCAUUUCGCCGUGAGUUUAAUAGCCUCAUCAACAUCAACCAUCCAAAUGUAGUCCGGUUUCUUGGCUUCUGUUCUAAUACACAUCAUAUACCGAGAAAAGAGGGUGGAGAAAUUAGCCUUGUCAACGUAAGAGAAAGAUUGCUCUGUUUUGAGUACAUCAGCAAUGGAAGUCUUGAUAAGCAUAUUACUGAUGAAUUAAGGGGGCUGGAAUGGGAACCACGUUAUGACAUAAUCUCUGGAAUUUGCAAGGGUCUGUUUUACCUUCACGAGGAAAAAAAUAUUGUUCAUAUGGAUCUUAAACCGCCAAAUAUAUUACUUGAUGAUCAUAUGGUUCCAAAAAUUACUGAUUUUGGGUUGUCGAGAUCAAAUGAAAUGUCGCAUACUACAGGUCAACGUUUUGGAACACCAGGAUAUGUCGCUCCAGAAUACAAUGAAGACGGCAAAACUUCAUUCAAGUGUGACAUAUACAGUUUGGGUGUCAUAAUCACAGAAUUGGUAACGGGGCGUAGGAGCGUCCCUCACAAAAAUAAUGCAAGGGUAGUUCGAAGGUGGAGACACAGGUGGAAGAAGCCACCAACAUUACUACAAUACCAGCAAGUAACCAGAUGCAUUGAAAUAGCGGAACGGUGCAGGCAACAAGAACCGGAAGCUAGACCUUCUAUAGGUGAUAUAAUCAGCAUUCUGAGUGGAUCUGAAAGUACGGAUGGGCACACUGGCCAGGGAAGCACUUAUAUUGACGAUGACAUGCUUGGUAUUGAGCCACUCGAGCUUAAGUUUGAUGAGGAGAUGUCAUGGUCAGUUAAGCUAACCAAUAAGACAAAUGCUUGUUUUGCCUUCAGCAUUGAAAGACCAAGCAAGCAUUACACCAUACAGCCAGACGAAGGUAUUGUGACACCAGGAUGUAGUGAGUGUCUUGUUCAGAUAUCAGUGACAUCACCGCAAGUUGCACAGAAUGCUGACAAGCUCAUCGUGCGGAGCACAGAAGUGAAUGAGGGUCUUACAGUCGAAGAUAUCACUAAAGAUAUAUUCCAUGAAGUGGCCGGUAAAGUGAUUGAUGAGGUGGAUUUGACGCUUGUAUAUGAGCCCGUUAAGGCAGCCUCCCCCACGCGCAAGGCCAUCAAUUCUGGCAGCUAUGAAGACAGCGCGCGAGGACAACUGGAUCGCCCAGAGAACUUUUCACGCAGUCAACCUGCAAACAUGAUGCAGCGCAAGGUCGGUCAGCGACGGCCUGUCCUCCAGCUCGGCCACAACUCGGAGCAGAUCAGGGACAAGCUACUGCAAGCGCAAGGCCUGCUGCACAGCGCCCGGGGGAGCCACAACCCUGGCCUGCAGGGCUUGCUGGAGAAGCUGAGCAGGGACGCCGACCAGGCAGAGGACUUGCUGGAUGAGGUCCGCUACUUCCAGAUCCAUGACAGACUCCACGGCACCAGCUACGCCACCACCCAAGAUGGUAGUGAUGAUGAUGCUGCUGUUGCCGGUGCACCACUCCGCGUCACCAACUCUGCUAGUGCUGAUGGUGAUAUGCUGCAUUUCGACAUAGUGUCCAUGUCCAGCAAAAUCAAGUCCCUGUUACAGGGCAUGGAGUCCCACUGUGAUUCGGUCUCCAAUUUGCUCGGCAUCGGCAGUAUCCCAAGCAACAGCACAGCAGUCGUCGUACAUCGGCCUCAGACUGCUUCCAUGAUUAUACAAGAUAAAUUGUAUGGCAGGACAUGCAUUUUUGAGGAAACUGUCAAUCGUAUCACUGAUACUGGUGCCACACAGACUGUUUCUGUUCUUCCUAUAGUUGGUCCAGGGGGUAUUGGAAAGACAACUUUCACCCAGCACCUGUAUAAUGAUGCAAGGACUAAAAAUCACUUUGAUGUCCAGGUCUGGGUAUGCGUAUCCACUGAUUUUGAUGUUCUUAAGCUCACCAGGGAGAUACUCGUCUGCAUACUUGCAACUGAAGGAGGAAGCAGCGGUGUUACAAAUGAAACAACCAAUUUAAACCAGCUUCAGAAAUCCAUAUCAGAACGUCUCAAGUCCAAGAGGUUUCUAAUUGUCUUGGAUGAUAUAUGGAAAUGUGACGGUGUGGAUCAGUGGAGAACCCUGUUAGCUCCGUUCACAAAGGGGGAAACCAAAGGAAGCAUGCUACUUGUCACAACUCGAUUCCCAAAGCUAGCACGAAUGAUGGAAACAGUUGAUUCACUACAACUCGCAGGUUUGGAGCCUAGUGACUUCUUCACAUUCUUUGAAGCAUGUAUAUUUGGUGAUCACAACCCUGAGCAUUACGAAUAUGAGUUAGCUGGUAUUGCACGAAAAAUAGCAAACAAGCUAAAGGGUUCCCCGCUAGCAGCCAAAACAGUUGGUAGGCUAUUACACAAGGAACUUUCUCAGAAACAUUGGAAUGGAGUUCUUGGAAAGCAUCAGUGGCUAAAGCAGCAAAAUAAUGAUGAUAUCAUGCCAUCUUUAAAAAUUAGCUACGAUUACCUCCCUUUUGAUCUGAAGAAAUGCUUUUCCUAUUGUGGUCUUUUCCCUGAAGAUCAUGAGUUUACUUCUUCAGAAAUUAAUCAGUUCUGGGUUGCAAUUGGCAUCAUAGACUCUAAUCACCGAGCCGAUAGGAAUUACUUGGAAGAAUUAGUGGACAAUGGUUUUCUCAUGAAGGAAUUUGAUUGCUAUGUAAUGCAUGAUUUAAUGCAUGAGCUAUCUCAGAGUGUUUCUGCACAAGAAUGCCUCAAUAUAAGUGGCUUAGAUUUCAGAGCUGAUGCCAUUCCACAAUCUGUUCGGCACUUAUCUAUCAACAUAGAAGACAUAUAUGAUGCAAAUUUUGAGCAAGAAAUGUGUAAACUAAGGGAGAAGAUAGACAUUGCAAAUCUUCGGACUUUGAUGUUUUUUAGAGAAUAUGGAGAUGAAGGAAUCGCCAAGAUUUUGAAAGACAGCUUCAAGGAAAUAAAUAGUCUGCGUGUCCUAUUUAUAGUGGUGAAGUCUGCACAAUCUUUUCCAUAUAGGUUUUCAAAACUUAUACACCUCCAGUACCUCAAAAUUAGGUCAGCUUACUACGGUGAAAGUUUACCUAGUACACUAUCAAGAUUUUAUCACUUGAAAUUCUUGGACCUAGAUUAUUGGCGUGGUCGUUCUGAUUUGCCUGAAGACUUUUGCCACCUUGAGAAUUUACAUGAUUUCCAUGGUAGAAAUGAAUUCCACUCCAACAUUCGCAAUGUCGGAAAGAUGAAGCAUCUGCAGGAGCUAAAAGAAUUCCAUGUCAGGAAAAGGAGCAUGGGAUUUGAACUGACAGAACUUGGGGCAUUGCCAGAGCUUGAAGGAGGACUGAUUAUACGUGGUCUUGAACACGUGGCAACCAAGGAGGAAGCUACUGCAGCCAAACUGAUAUUGAAAAGGAAUCUGAAGGAGCUGGAAUUACUUUGGGACAGAGACCUUGAUGGACCAACUGCAGAUGAUGAUAUUCUUGAUGCUCUUCAACCACACUCUAAUCUUAGAGUACUUGCAAUUGUAAAUCAUGGUGGUACCGUUGGUCCUAGUUGGUUGUGUUUUGGCAUCUGGUUAACAAGUUUAGAGACUCUCGCUCUAGAAGGCGUAUCUUGGAGGAUACUCCCACCUUUUGGGAAGCUACCAAAUCUGAAGGGACUCUAUUUGAAGAAAGUCUGUGGAAUGGAUCAGUUUGGGCCUCGUUGUGGAGGCGCUCCAGGCAAAUGUUUUAUGCGCUUGAAGACGGCUGGGUUUUGUGAGAUGCCAGAUCUUGCUGAAUGGGAUGUGGAACAUAAUUGCCAUUCCUUUCCAAGUCUUGAAGAAAUCAAAUGCAUCGGUUGUCCCAAUCUCCGUGUGAUGCCCUUCUCAGAGGCAUCUUGCACCAAUUUGCGCAAACUUUAUGUUUCCAGGUGCCCCAAGAUGUCUCUGCCCUCCAUGCCUCACACCUCCACACUGACAAAUUUGGAUGUUCAAGGAGAUAUGUUAGAAUCGUUGUUGUCUUAUGAUGGAAAGAAAUUGGUUGUUAGAGGUUAUGGCGGUGCUUUGGCCUCCCACAAUCUGGAUGAAGUAGAAGAUAUGGCUAUUGCAGAUGCAUCACGCAUAUCAUUUACAGACAUCAAAAAGCUUAAACCCCUAACAAAAGUAACCGUCAGAAGAUGCGACGGUUUCUUCCCUGAAGAGCUGGAUGGAAGUAUUGUCUUGCAUUCAGUUAAGAGUCUCAUAUUAGAUGUAUCUCAUCUUACCAACAAAUCAUCAUCAUCAAAAGUGUUAAACUGUUUCCCAACUCUUUCUGUGUUGGAGGUAGACGGUUACCUUUCAGUUGACUUUCGAUUAUGUGACUAUGAGGAACGUGUAAUGCAGUUGCCAUCAUCCAGCUCACUGCAGGAACUUGCCUUCAAACACUGUAAGGGCCUAGUUCUUGUGCCCGUGGAGAAUGGAGGAGGAAUUCAGGAGGACAAGUCAUUGCUCCAAUCAUUAACAAUAUUCAAUUGUGGUCGAUUUUUCUGUCGGUGGCCCAUGGGAAAGGGAGAAUCAGAGACCAUUUGCCCUUUCCCUGCUUCCCUGAGGGAACUUUAUGUUUACCAAGAGCCAAGCAUCAAGUCAAUGGCUCUGCUCUCAAACCUCACGUCUCUCACGCGUCUAAGGAUACAUGGCUGCAGUAAUUUAACAGUGGCCGGAUUCAAUCCUCUCAUCGCAGUCAACCUCAUAGAGCUGCAAGUGUAUCACUGUAACACCUCAGCAGCAGAUCUGCUCUCAGAGGUGGCCUCUCAGAGGGCCAAAUUAUUGCCUGCGGGUUACAUCUCUAGAUUGGAGAAACUCGGUGUGGAUGACAUGUGUGGAUUGCUUGUUGCUCCUAUUUGCAACCUCCUCGCCCCGGCCCUCCACACACUUGAAUUCCAGUUUGGUGAUGAGAGGACGGAAAGCUUCACGGAGGAGCAAGAGAAAGCGCUGCAGCUCCUCACCUCCCUCCAAAAUCUAACAUUUUCCGAUUGCAAGGGUCUGCAGUCCCUUCCUCAAGGGUUACAUCGCCUUUCUUCUCUCAAGGAGUUAUGUGUCCGUGGGUGUCCAAAUAUCCGAUCGAUGCCCAAGGAGGGCCUCCCGGUUUCACUGAGAAAACUAAGGAUGGAUUGUCACAGCGCUGAGAUAGAGGAGCAAAUUGAGAAAAUAAAAAGAACCAACCCAAAUUUAUCCGUCAAAGGAUAACUACACCCAAGACUAGCAGGUCCCACUCCACUCCACCACUGUUGCAAUCAAUCUUUUAUGCACACAUUAAUCGGCAGAUGCAACCAACUCUUCAUUCUGCAUGCAACGCUAGUUGUUAACUCUUCAUUCUGCUACAUGAUCGAUAUUUCUCUGCAACUCAACUCAAUCUGCCGGCUUCUGUUCCCUAUGAAAUAAAAAAGGGCGUGCUAGACAUCACUCACUCACUCACUCAUUUCAAGAAGAAGACUUGAUUCGUAGCUGCAAGAAGUGAUCGAGACUUGAAUCAUGGAAUUAUUAUCAGGCUUGUGCUCCUUUUUCGCAUGAAGCAGCAGGACUGAACAGAAGAGGCCAAUUUAACUGUUGGCAUCAGUAGCAGCGAGGAAGAGGACGAUGCUGCUGCUUUGUAAAAAAGCAGCUCUGUCCUGUCUUGUCUUGGUGGUGCAGAAUGGACCGAAGCAGUGAGGAUUAGCAACCUAUGCUGGGGCAGAGUAGUGAAACUAUUGAACCCAGGCAGCUACGUACAAUCUUGCAGGGAGAUUGCAUGCAUGCAUACAGGUUUAGGUUUGAUUGGCUGGCAUUGAUCCUUGACUCCAUGUAAGUCCCAGUACAAACAAACAACAAACAAACAGAAGUGAACAGGGCAAUUGUCUGUGUUGAUAUGCUGAAAGAAUAUCGACCUAAAAAAUGGCUCACAGUCGCAGUGGGAUGUCCUUCCUUCCUUCCUUCCUUCCUUUAAAGAAGAGAAGUGGGCUUUAAUUUGUGGAUGCAGCAGCAGCAGCAGCCAACAGAGCAGAGCAGAGCAUUCCAAGAAGGGACUAGUUAUCCAAAGGGUGGCAAGGUGCGACGUGGUUGUUUUUUUUAGUUGCAGGGCAAUAGUCGACCUGAACCCAAAGAAAAGACGGCAACUCUUAUAUGACGCAUCGCACGCGCGGGUCUAUAAAGCGACACUCAGCCCCCCCACAGUUUGUGUUGUUAAGCUUUGCCAAGCAAAAGGCCACCUCUCAAGACAAAAAACUUCAUGCAAAUGCAGCAACAGAGAAAUACGUAGCUCUGUUUGUUCAUUUGUACGAGGCUGUGAUCUUCAGUUUUGAUCUACUGUCAGGCCAUAAGCUCUUCCAUGUCUUUGUGAAAAUUCAAUCAAACCACCACUAGUGUACUCUUCCAUCUCUGAUGAUGAUUCAUUUUCCGUAUAUACAUACAGCGCACUUCUGUCCGGACGUACUAUAUCUGAAUUGCUUGAGCCUUAUGUUGUAUCCCGUUAGGUGGUACUCCCUACAUAGUAGCUCCUUUAGUCCGAGAUAAAUCCGUGUAUGUGUAUUCGAGAGGCCUGCGCAAGGCGGAGCUGAAGGCCAAGUUCGUGGAGCUGCACGAGAUAACCGAGGCCAAGUCGGCAGCUUUCUUGGUCCCACUGAACAAUCUAGGUGCUGGUCGAACUGGCCGGCUCGGCAACCACGGCCGCGGCUACCGUGAGUCGCUGGAGCCGGGGAAGGAGGGAGGAGCACUAGGGAAAAUCACCUUGGGCGAUGUCCCGGAGGUACCGCCGAAUUUGAGUGCGGACCGCGACGUACAGAGCCUUCUUUCUAUUUCAAAAGUGUUGCAUUAGCACUUUUCUUUCUUUCUGUACAGUUCAAGGGGAGAAACAUAUAUAGUUGCUUUCUUAUAAGACGCAGUCUUAGUUGUAGCUAAUCUUGUCAACUUUUAGAAAUUGAACUUGCAUCCAACAACUUAUUAUUGGUUUUCUUCUCUAUCUAUACUACUUACUUAGCUUGAAAAAUAUCUCUUGAAGUAGUCAAUUUCCAUAACAUCCAGCUGGCACCCACAUGACUGUUAUUGGUUAAUUAUGCGUGCAGGCUUAUACCGCUGUUCCGGGCAUGCUGAACCUUGCAAAAAUGAGGCAGAGCUCAAGGAAGCGGUUUCUUUCAGAUCAAUUUCUCGCUGGGAUUCUCAAGGAGCUCUCCAGUAGUUGACUGACUAAUGUUGUUCUACUUCAACUUGUUACCGUUGUGAUUCAGAAAGGAACUGAACGUGAUGGUUCUUCUGCCCGAGGAGAGGAACUGAAAGUCAGAGCCUUCUUUGUCUGAAAGGAGCAUGCCUGAUCAGUACAACUGGUUAUUGAUUCUCUUCUUUGUUUCUACCCUGGGGCGAACCCAUAUUACCCUCCUCCCUAUCCCCCAACGGAUGACCCCAGGUACAACCAUUCAGAAAGGAGACCAUCAAGGAGGCACUCAGCAGAUAGCAAGGACUUCGACAACUCCGAUGAUGAGAGUGAUGACCAAAGUGGUUCAGAGAGGGAGAGUUCUCAUGGCCGCAAGUCGAGUAAAAAGGGCAAUCGCUCGGGCAAGAAGAAAUUCUAAUGUAAUCGUGAUACGCAAUGUAAAUGUAACAUCAAGGAAGAAGCAUGUGUCAUCAGAGAGUGAGUCGCAAUCAGGCUCUGAUGUGGCAUCAGAGGAUAGUGACGAUUCACACAGAAAAUCCAGCAAGAGGAAUCAUCAUAAGCGCUCAAGCUCGAAGAAAAAAGGGGAUAAGAAAACCACUGUUGAGUCUGAAGAUGAGUACACCAAGGAUGGAAUGUCUAAUGGGCAGCAAGAUGGAGAUCAAGGAAACUGGAAUGCGUUCCAGAAUUUCUUGCUCAGAGAUGAAGAGAAGACAAGAGAUCAUAAUGACGCGGACAUGUUCGCCAGUGAAAGAGAGGCACCACAACCACCUAGGAGGAAAGAGACCACAAGAAGUAUUGAUGAUCCUAUUCUUUUAUCAGAGCGAGGUUCUGCCGAUGUCAAUGAGCGGCAUGCGAUGUCUUUCAGUUCAGCCAACGGGAGAAUUAGGGCCAGGCAGAUGAUGUCUGGUGAUGAACUUAUGAUGUCUGCGGAAGGUCGGAGCUUUGUGGAUGGUGGCAUGAAGGAGAUAGAAGCUGGAGGUGGAGGAUACAGAAGAGGGGCAAAUGAUGACUUCAUGGUUUAUGGACAGGACAACUCAAUGGACAGGAGGAGCUCCUUGGACCCCCUUGCCGAGGCGCAUUACAAGAGACCCACUCCUCUAGAGGAAAAGAAGAAUGUGCACAGUAUGGGCGAUGAGUCCUUCAUGAUACCUGUUACCUCCAACUCACAGGAUAAUCUUGGAGCAGCCGGCCGUACUGCCAUUGACAUAGAUGCCGAGCUUGGCUCAAGUGUUCAGAAAACAUCAGAUGCUAAGGCUGGAGCUGAACUUUUCUAUGAGCCAGAUGAGUUGAUUCCAGAGCGUGGAUUUGAAGAUGUUUCAUUUGGAUAUGACCCAUCAAUGGACUAUGACAGCCACAUGCAGAUUCAGCAUGACGUCAGCGUUGAAGAUGCAAAUGCAGAGGAUUUAUCCGUUUGUGUUGAGGGUGAAGAAAAGAUGCCGGGGAAAGAUAAGAAGCUUAGAGGUUCACAGGAGGGCGUGGAUAAAAGAAGGAAGGAUGCCUCAGCAAGGAGAUUGUCAGCGCCCAAAGGACCACUAACUGAUGCACAGAAACGUGCGCAAAACCUACGGGCGUACAAAGCGAGCCUUCAAAAGGAAAAGAAGGAGCUGGAAGCGGAGCAGAUGAAACGGCUGGAAAGGCUUAAGCAAGAGAGGGAAAAGAGGAUUGCUGCAAGAAGCGGCGCAUCGAAUCCCCAGAAAACCACAGCUAAAGCAAGCGCAGUGAGCAAGUCAACCUCAUCCUUGGCUGAGAUGAAAAAGGAGAAAAGUGGCGGCACAACCGAAUCCUUGAUUGAGCGAUUGAAAAAGCUUGCUCAACCUAAAACCAAUGCUUCAACUUUGAACCCCAAGUCAGCGACCGCGGACCACCCACGGAGAAGAAGCUUGCCGCAAUAAGGUCCUUGUGCUUUGGGGAGUAUUUAUUUGGUUUUGUUGACUGAUUGAUGAGGCCAAUAAUUCGAUUUGUAUUGAUUAAAAUUUUUUGGUCUGUUGAUUUCUAGUACAUAAUCUACACAUUGUUGUAUAUUACGACGGAGUUGUUUGUAAGCAGUUUGUUUGUAUAAUCUGUCAUUUGCGUUGUA